UUCAAUUACUUUCCCUUCAAUUCAUCUCAAUGGCCACGAAAACAACUUCCACUAGUUCUCGUAAUCAGGGUGCUUCUGCUGCUAUGCCUCAACAAGUGUUCAUGGUGGGUAACAACAAUGCAUUUGCAGAAAUUAAGGACAAGCUCACUAACCCGUCAAUUAAAGAAAGAGAAGUCAUCUCCAUCACAGGAAUGGGAGGUAUUGGGAAGACGACUUUGGUAAAAUACGUAUAUGAAGAUAAAGACAUUAAGUGUCAUUUUGACAUUCAAGCAUGGAUUACUGUGUCUCAAUCGUAUUCCUUGGAUGAUUUGCUCCGAGUGCUCCUCCAAUCAAUUGACGCUUCUUCUCCAACAGAAAAACAAUCUGCAGGAACCUUCAAACUCAAGGAUAAAGUCCGUAAGUUGUUGCUGGGAAAGAGGUAUCUAAUUGCAAUAGAUGACAUAUGGAGUACACAAGUUUGGGAUGAUUUGAAGAUAUGCAUCCCAUCAGAAAAGAGAAAUGGGAGUCGAGUAUUGUUGACAACUCGACACACAGAUGUGGCUACUCAUGCUAGUUCUGGUGGUCUUCCAUUUAGCAUGCCUACCCUAAGCAAAGAAGAAAGUUGGGAUCUAUUUUGCAAAAAAGUAUUUGCAAAAGGAUCUUGUCCUCCUUCUAUUGAAUUUGAGAAAAUUGGGAGAGAUAUUGUAAAGAAAUGCAAAGGAUUACCACUCUCAAUUAUGGUGAUUGCUGGGAUUCUAUCCAAGGCUGACAUGAAGGUGGAGGAUUGGGAAAAUGUUGCCAGAGAUGUAGCAUUAUCAUCAACUUUAUAUGAGGAGAAGAAUUGUGAGAAAAUACUUUUGUUCAGUUACAAUCACUUGCCUGAAAAUUUGAAGACUUGCUUCUUAUAUUUAGGAGUAUUUCCAGAAGAUUAUGAGAUUCCAGCUCAAAGAUUAGUUGGAUAUUGGGUCGCUUAGGGAUUUGUAGAAGAUGAGGCUUUGGUGGCUAACAAUAAAGAAGAAGUGGCAUGGCAAAAGUUGCAAGAUCUUAUUGAUAGAAAUUUAAUUUUGGUGGAGAAAAGGGUACGGAGUGGAAGAAUAAAGACGUGUAAGAUCCAUGAUCUUACGCGUGAGAUGUGCUUGAGACUAGCUAAAGACAAAAAUAUAUUGCAUGUUAUUGAUGACAAGUUUCAAGAUAGACAGUCCUCCAAAGGAAUAAGUCAAGAAAAUGGCAAUUUUUGUGUAAGCCUACAAUCAAUUUCUAAUAUUAGUCGUUUAGGUUUUGAGCAUAGGGCACUCCAGAAAUGUCAUUCCUUUCUUGCUAUGUUUCCAUCUAAAUAUGGAAACAGAUCGCGUGAAAGAAUUCCGAUCCUUACCAAGUACUUGUCCACAGCAACAUCAAUUCAAGUACUUGACCUCCUUCCAUUUCGUUUUCCCUAUUUUCCAUCUCUUUGGAUAAAUAACUUUAGUCAGUUGAGGUAUCUAGCUUUGUACAUUGGUGCAUUUCCUGGUUCCUUGUCCAUUUUAAGCAGCUUGAAAAAUCUAGAAACGUUGAUUCUGCAAAGUGCAAGAAGUUUUAAAGUAGUAUACUUAACCCUUCCAAAGACACCACAAUUAAGGGAGCUUUGCAUUUUGAGAGGAUCUUUAUUUCAUUUUAAAAAUGAAGAAGAGAAUUUUAAAUUGGAGAAUCUGACAACGCUUUUGUGGUUAAGUGACUUAUGUUGCAACAAUGAGGCGUUGAUGGUGAGGAUUCCGAAUGUAAAAAAAUUGUGGGUAAGAUAUGAAGAGCCCGAGCUCAAAGGCAAAAUGCAUCCUAUUGACUUGCUUCAUACUUUAAGUCAUUUGAAACAACUCGAAGACAUCAGGUUUGAUGGACAUGACUGGUUAAAGUACAGUGGGCUAGUUAAUAUUCCAAAACCAUAUGAUUUUCCACUGAAGCUCAAGAAGUUGAAAUUUUUUAAGACUUGGAUGAAAUUGGGGAUCACGAUGACCAUUCUUGGAAAGCUACCUAACCUCGAAGUUCUCCAACUAAAAUUGCAUGCCUUUGAUGAUUCAGAGACCGAGUGGGAACAAGUUGAAGAGGGGUUUCCAAAAUUGAAAGUGUUAGUCUUCAAAUAUCCAAAACUUCAUAUAUGGAAAGACAGCGAUUUCACUUUCCUAAGCCUUGAGUGCCUGGUGCUAAAGGUUCUCAGUGACUUGGAAUCACUUCCUUAUGAGUGCCUUUCUAGAUGUCCAUGCCUUAAGCUAAUUCACUUGGAAGGGUAUUGUAGAGAUGGUGUUUUAGAGUCUGCAAAGAAAAUUCAAAAUGAUGGAGAUGGCCAGCUUGAGGUCCGCGAAGAAAAUAUUUUUGUACGGUCUAGAUUGAAGACGAUGGAAACAACAAGCUAAGCAUCACAUGUUCUUCUACCAAUUUGAAGGUAACUUUGAUGACUCACCAUCAAAUCAACCGAAGCAAUCACCAAUACAUACCUCUAAGCUCCCCUGCCACCUACUCUCCCAAAACAAAUCCUAAGCUCUGUCAAUUUUGUUGUGAUUUAAGGUUACAAAAUUUACAUCUUUGUUUUGGUUUUGCAUUGCAUUGCAUGUUAUUUUUCCUUUUUUAUUAGCAAAUCGUGAUUUGAUUUUGAGCUGAGAAAUUGUUCCUUUGAAAGGUGGGAGUGCUUAGGAAUAAGUAAAGGGACCGUCUUAGUUUUAUUUUGAUGAUUCAUGAUUGUUGCUUUUAUGCAAGUUUUAUGUGGUGGUUCUGUAUGGAUUGUUGAGUAUUGAAUCAUAAUGUCUAGUUGCGGGAGA